CGUAUCGGAGCAGUAUUUGUCGCGUGUUCGAUUAAAAAAAAUUAGCCCAGCUUUAUCGUUUAGCUUUGUUAUAAUCACAUCCGAAAUUUUUGCAAAAAUUUUGCCAUCUAAUCGCCGCGAUCUGUUGUCACAAUCGAUUUGGCCAUGCGCGGCUAUUUUGUUUACUACUUGAAAAUUCUCUGGGCCAUUUUUGUUGUCCACGAAACGGCCGCCAAUGCCAUGAGAAUCAGCAGAAAUGAUGCCUAUAAGAAGCUGUUGUCCUUGCGCUCGCUACCUUUUGAGGAUUGCGCAGGCUCAAGUUCCCUAUAUCAUGUGAACUACCUGAACAUUGAGAGCUGUACGAAGGUGCCCUGUUCUAUGGCUCGCGAUUCCACUGUUAAGGUUACGGUGCUCUUCGAUGAUAACGGCAAUGGUGUCUCCUUUCUGAAGCACGAGGUACGCUGGGUCUUCACGUAUGUCAAGACCGAAGCGGCCAUAUCUCCCGAUCCUUGCGAUGGCGACCACAACUGCAUAUUGAACGUGAAUGAUAGUAAAAGCUAUUGGGCCAACAUCUAUGUGAAUCCAACAUUGCCUGUGAUGAAGGGCAGCAUGCUCUGGGAGGCCAAAGAUGAAAAAAAUCAAAAUCUCAUAUGCUUUGAGGUGCCCGUUGUAAUUACAACAUGAACAUAUGUACACACAUUCACACAAACAGACACACAAAUAUAUAUACAGUGCAUAAAUGCGAAUGUGAAUAUGUGUGUCGCAGAUUAUACAGAAGAAUUUAUGAUACUUAUGUGAAAUACAAUAAAAUAAUUGGUGCAUGCAAAAA